AGAUCUGUGCUGACUUCGAGGAAGGUUCAUAAAAUUACAAAAUUACAAAUGGCUUCCGUUUCCAAGUUUCGGCUGCCGUAAUUUACUCUUGGCAUGGUUUUUUGGAUCGAGACCAAUUAGUCGAGACGAACGUGUUCGAUCGAAUUAUUAGAUAUUGAAUUUUUCCUUUAAUCAUGGGCAUACAAGACCUACAAACAUUUUUAGAAAAUGAAGGUGUAGGUGUCGAUUUAUUUAGAAUUGCUAGAAAUCAUGCUGGUGGUUUUCGAUUAGUUCUUGACGCCGAAGGAUGCCUGGAUCGUCUUUACGGAGGGUACUUUUCAGAUUGGGCUUGCGGGGGUCAGUGGGCUAGAUGUGUGCAGUUUUUAACAACAUUAUCUCAGGCUCUUGCUGAACACCAAGUGGCUUUGUGUGUGUGUUUCAAUGGAUCUCAUCCCACACCACCAGCAGUACCACAGCAAUGGAUCCAAACACAGAGCACAUAUAGGCAGAGGGUUAACUCUGUAUUGCGACAUAUAGUCACAAAGGGAACACCUCCUCCUAAAGUUUGGUGGGUGCCCCCGACUGGGCUGCAUUCCUGCCUUAGGACUGCUCUGCGAUAUCUCAAUAUACCUGUUAUGGUGUCUUCAGAUGACCAUUGCCAAGAGGUUGUCGGUCUGUGCAGAGAGAAAACCUACGCUGGUCUUGUAGGUUGUUCCGGUGAAUAUUUAGUUUUUCAACCACCAAGAUAUUUUAGUUCCUCGCAGUUGAAACUUACAUAUAGGUCAUCAUUGGAAACUAAAGAGUACAUGGUGCAUGAGUUGCCAAAGGUUUUAGAUGUACCGCAGGACAGGUUGUGUCUUAUGGCAGCUUUACUUGGAGGCACAAUUUUAUCUGAACAGAGCCUUCAAGAUUUUUAUAAACGUUUAGGUAUCUCGCAAAAGAAGCAACAAGUUCCACCGGAAACUCUUAUCAAAGCCAUUUGUCAGUUUGUUCGGGAAUUACCUUCAGCAGAUGUAGAUGCAGCCUGUAUUGAAAUAUUUGGUGAUCUCAACGAUCUCCGUGCUGCUAAACUGAAACAGGCUGUUCAGUAUUAUCUCAAUGGAACUAAAGAUGGUUUCUUAAAAUAUAGAACUGCUUCUGGUCGUCGUCCUAAAACUAACAAGAAAAAUAAGCCAGAGAUGAGCCCUCCGUCAACAUCUGGUGAUAUGGACACCACCCGCCUUGCCUCAGAGACAUCGGAGCAUGAGCAAAAAGGCUUGGAAGAUUACAAACUGGCAACUGCCAAUGCUUCAAUAAAUGCCGACUUUAGUAUGGAGGAGAGCAAUGAUGUCAGCCAUGGUAUGGCUUCCAUGACACUUGAUGGUGACGGAACAUCCAAGCAACAGCCCGCUAAGCCCGGCGACAGAAAUGAUCAGGCCCCAUCCAAGGAGGCGACGAGCGGCAGAGUGAUGCAGAGCGAGGACAACUGCCCCGCCGCGCCCGCUGAGGUACUGCGCACGUGCGCGGAGAGACACGCGCGCGGCCUCAUGCACCCGCAGAUGCUGUGCGUGCUCACUCACAGGCAGAUCACGCUGCCCGUGCUCAUGGAGGACGACAACCACCGCGAGAUACCCUCCAUACACCACUUCUUCAGACCCAUCAGACAGAACGUGUACGCCAUCCUCUACAACAUGCACCAUCAUCGCUUCAUGGCGCAGAAAGCUAGAGAGGAGGGAUCGACGAGCGCUGCGUGCAACGAGAAGCCGUGCCAGGUGCAGGUGUCGGAGUGGAUCUACUCGCGCGUGAACCCCGGCAAGGCGGCCGAGCUGGUGCCCGGCGUCAUCCUCGACUGGCCCGUGCCCACCGUGCAGCGCCUCUGGUUCGGAACCGCUCAAGAUGACAAAUGUCGCCGCAUGCGCGCCUUCCUGUCCUGCAUGCGCUCCGAUACUCCGUUGAUGUUGAACACAUCCUAUGUGCCGCAACAUUUAUUGAUAUUAGCUACUGUCUUAAGGUUCAUCAUGACCUCCCAGAUACAAAUUCUGCGUCGCCAGGAACUGGAUGCAUUCUUGGCAACAGCUUUCUCAAAUGAUCUCAUGAAUGCUCUCCAUUUGCAAGAAAUGACAGUGAACGGCAUAAGCGGGCGCGGCGUGCAGCUGAGCGCGCUGGUGAUGGCGGGCGCGGAGGCGGCGCUGCUGGCCAACGACGCGUGCGGCGCGCCCGUGCCCUGGCUGGUGGCCGCGCCCUGGCUCUACUUCGACGGCAAGCUGCUGCAGCGCAACCUGCACCGCGCCGCGCACUGCAAGCACCUCGCGCAGCUCUGCGACAACCACCUCGACACCGUCGUCAAGGUGGAGAGAAUGCGCAAGGCGAUACUGGAGGGCCUGGAGGUGGAGUUCGCGCUGCCGCCGCUGCCGCUGGUGGCGGGCGUGGUGGGCGGCGCGCUGGGCGGCUCGCUGGGCGGCCAGCUGGGCGGCUGGGGGCGCGGCCGCGGCCGCGGCGCCGGCGCACGCCUCGAGAUAGCCGGCGUCGUCGUCGGACAGUGGGGCGGCGGCAGCUACCCCUCGCGCACGCAGAGAUACCCACAGCAGGUGAGCUAUGUGGGGUACACGCCGCCGCCGCGCAACGCGUACGGCGGACGCGGGUGGCGCGGCGCGGGCGGUGCGCGCGGCCUGGGAGGGCGCGGAGGGCGCGGGGGCCGCGGGGCGCGCGGCGCCACGCGAGGCGCACGACGCACGCGACGCGAACACGACGAGCCCCUGCGACCAGCCACCAUCACUGUCAAUGGAAAAACCGUUCGACCGGAAGACAUCGCCCAGGGGGACGACGGCAGCCCGCACGAGGACAACGUCGUUCCAGAUGAACCAGAAGGAUCUCAAGCUCAGAAAGCAAAAUCUGGUAAAAAUAUUAAAAAGAAUGUAGGAAAAGGGAAAAAGAAGGGCACCGGUCAGAAGAACGAUGUAGCUCAAUCUCUCGAGGCCAAUGGACCGCUUGACAAGAACAAGGCGGUGGAGGUUUGCCAUAACGCGGAGAAGGAGCACAUGGGGCAGGGAGACGCGCCUGAACCUAACUAAAACAUUAACCUAACCCAAAGGUAACUUUAUCUUGUUUUUGUUAUUUUUCUUCUCAUUUUUCUUUGUUUUUAGUUACUUUAAACAGCUCGUUCGCUUUUAUUUUGUUAAAUGGUAAAGCAUUUACAUGCAUCUACGUUUUUGAUGCAAAUGGUUAUAUUUUUUUUCUUUAUAUUUUAAAAAAGACAUUUUAACUGACAAUGUAACAUUUACUAACUGUUAACGUUAUGUGGUAGAACGCUAACAUCUACGUAAGUUUAUAUUAGCACGUAAAGUAUACAGUUGCAUAAUAAAUAAAUUUGUAAACAGAAAGCAAACAAUCUGUCGCUUGUAAGAUUGUGUUGUUAUCUGUAAGGUGACAAAUGCGUGCCUCAACAUCUAAAGACUUCCCGACAUUGAGACUGAUUUUAUAUUAAUUGAAUUGUCACAUCAAGUGUUCAAUUAAAUAUAAUAUUGAUAAGUGACAUUGGACUUGCAUUAUAAUGCCGCAACCUAUUACGACAAACGUCUUUGAAUACUGCUUAGUGCAAAUGUUCCAAUUUUAUUAUGGGAUUUACUGCAAAUGGCAGUGUUCAAAGACAAAAACUCUACCGUUUGAGGGUAGUACAAUUUUUAUCUUUUAUAAGGAUAGGACCUCAACAUCCAUUACUUGACAAGUGAUAAUUAGAAAAUAUAUAUUUAAUGAGCUAACACGUUAAGUCACGUUUAAUUGAAAAGUGAGAUGACUUAGUAAAUAAUAUGUUUAGUUUAGCAUAUGAAGUACUGAGUCGGCAUUAUUUAUUUACACAUAGUAUAUUUACAAUUUACCAAAUGCAUUGUUUUAUUCUAAGUUUGGUUUGGUCAAUGAAAUCUGUUUGCAUGAACUGAGGCUGAGGAAGGCGACUGGUUCGUUUUAUUUUGAUCUCGAUUUGAUUGAUUAAACCAAUCCUGUUCAGACUUGUUUUUAGGAAUUCUUGAUGUAUGUUUAGGCAUUAUUGAAAGAGUAUGGAGGUCUUGAAAUUUGUUCUGUUUGUUGUCUGUACCGCUGCCACACAAAGCGGAAGGGAAGUGAUUUAGCUUAGCUAAGACUGUUAUCGGAAUGUUAUAUAGUUGUAAUGUGCAUGGUCCGCUUUGUGUGGUAGUUCUCGGUUCAUUGAGAUGUUUGUAACAAUGUAUACCUGGCUGAAGCAUAUUUUUGAAGUAUUUUAGUAGGUAUACGUUUGGAACGAAGCGUUAUAGGAACGGUGGGAAGGCUGAAAUUUUUGUAUAGAAAUUGCAUUUAUUGAAUGUCGGUUGGUGCUUUUGAAAAUUAGUCUGGGACUGCCCUGAAACGAGUCUGAAACUCAUAGAUUUAAGUCUAACGAUAGACCUUUAAUGAAGUCGAAAGAACAUUCACGUACUGCCUUCUCCGCAUCCUAUAGGGUAUUAUUUCGAUAGUGAAGUUAGAUUUGUUAGUGAUAUAUUUAUACGCAUUUUGGGAGAUCCAGUAUUGUGAAUGUUCUUCACUUUUUAUGUAUUUUUGUAUAUUUGUUAUAUUGUUAUACUUAAAUUUAGCUGGAAUGACUAAGAUGAAUAUUGUGAGACACAAGUGUCGGUCUGAUACUCGAUGGAUGGUAAAGCUGUUGACAAGAUCAGCAUACAUUACAGUUACAUUCCAUUUCGAAUACGUUUUGCAAACGUUAUCUAAUGACAAACUAAGCCUUCGGCACCUGCAACCAUGGAACUAUGAAGACUUUACAAUUUGAACGCUUAAACCCUGGCUGGUACAUAGACGAAAUAUGUUGCCACAAUAACAUACUUGUUAAUAACAUAUUUGUUGCCACAAUAUAAGAUUUUGAUAAUUGAAACACGAUUACAACUUAUCGAGCAAACAUACUUAACGACCGCCCAGUCGUUACAAGCACGGACCAUAAUACUUGUUAAUGGACUUUUAUAUACAACAUUGCAUGAAGUAAUCCCUAAUUCUUAACGUUGAAGUGUCCCUCGUAGUUUGUCGUAAAUAUAACAAUAAUAUGUAAAGGGGACUGUGGUAAACUAAUGUAUAUGAUCCGUGUUUGAGGAUGUUUGCCGACGGAUAUAAAGGUAACGCAUCUGGGCCGUCGCUCGUGCCUCGGGGCUGAUGCGCGGGUGACGCGAGCGACGCGAGGCCGCCACUCUAUUGCAAACUUAGCUAACUGUCGCACGCGACAACAUUUAUAUAAACAAUUAUAUAAUAUUGCUUGCUUAUUAAUAAACAAUAUGUAGCGUCUAGAAUUUUAACGUCAAUAUAUUUUGAUUUGUUUAAGAAUUAUGUGUAACAACAAUUUAAACAUGUUUAGAGGUUUUGGUAAUAUUACAUGGGCGAUAAUAUCGUGUUAGGGGCGAUGAGUGAAAGGCGCGGCGUGGACCGCACUCCCCUAUAUGGGAGUUUGUUGAGAUGCCUUUCAUGACAAUCAGCCGAAUUUUGUGCUGCUUAAUUUUAACUUUUAACACAUUUUAAAAUGUUACGCAUUAGUGGUGAUUCCGAGAAGGAUGUAGUUUUUAUUUUUAUUGUCUUAAACCCAUUAUUCAAUAUAGUUUUAGAGUAUUCAACAGUAUAAUACCCUUUUUAAUCCAUUUUAUAAACUUGUUUGCUGACUAUGGUCACUCAAUAUUGUCAAAAUAAAAUAUAUUAGAAUAUUUCUCAUGUAAUACAUAAACAUUUUUCGUAAUUGAAGUAGCAAACAUGGAACUGUGGCUUUUUGAAAACACUUAUAACUUAAGUACAUAAAACCUGCAAUGUGAAAAUAAAGUUUUAAAAAAUGUUCAUCACUGUUUUAGUUUAUGGACACAAAAAAUAUUGGAUGAAUUUUAAAUUGUAAAGAGUUGUAUUUGUCUUCAAAUAAACGUUCCAUCAUUUCAA